AGCCCAGUUCACACAUUCUUUUUUAUUUCUCAUGCAACUCUGACAGAAGUAUUUGUUAUUAUAAAAUGCAUUUUCUCUGUCUGUCUCAAGGCCCCUCCCAGCUGGUUGUCUGACAGUGUUUGUGUGCACUCUGCCAUCAUUAAAAAUGCAUAACCUCUCUGCAAACAGUGUCCUGACAAGCAUCUAGAGCUCACUGGAUAUCAGUCAUUAAAAUUUAGCAAAGAGGCCAAAGCCGCAGCCUGUAGGUGGAUAGGCAUCAGGUUCCCYCAUUCAGGCAAUGGAUAAAUUUUUCAAAGUCCUAUUACCUCAAGGCGGUGCACUGUGACAUUACAGUUGUGUGUCUCGGCUGGAAAAGCAGUCGAGGUUUCAGAAAAGCCGAAUCCACAAUAACAAUAUGAGUCUCGGGGUGGCUAUACUGAUUCAUUUACUACUGUUGGUUGACAGGGCUUAUACUAAAAAAGGUGUCAAAUGUGGAGGCAUCCUCUCCGCUCCGUCAGGUAACAUUUCCAGCCCAAACUUCCCAGGCCUGUAUCCCUACAACAUUGACUGCUCCUGGCUGAUUGUAGUGGCUGAAGGCUCCUCCGUCCUCCUCACCUUUCACCACUUUGAGCUGGAGUACCACACCAGCUGUGCUUACGACUACAUCAAAAUAUACAACGGCAUAUCUGAGGACGAGGGGAACCUCCUUGGGACAUUUUGUGGUGACAUUUCCCCACCUCAGUUCACCUCUUCUUGGAAUGUCAUGUCCAUUAUUUUCCAUUCGGACCGCCAUGUGGCCCACAGGGGCUUCAGUGUUGGCUACAGAAAAGACAUGUGUGGUGGAGUGUUGACUGGACUAUCCGGUGUCAUUUCCAGCCCAGGCUACCCUCAGGAGUACAGCAACAAUGCAGACUGCUCCUGGACAAUCCACAUGUCAAAUACAAGUGUUGUCACCUUGGUCUUCCUGGACUUCCAGCUGGAGAACAACGAGGGAUGUAACUUUGACUUUGUUGCCCUGUUCGAUGGGUCAACAGUCAACCACCGCCAUCUCGGCAAAUACUGUGGGACAGAUAAACCCCCCAACACAGUCACUACUGCUAACCAACUCCUGGUAGUCUUCAAGUCGGAUUUCAACAUUGGUGGGCGAGGCUUCAAGGCUUACUAUUACUCAGGUGAAUGCCAACAAGUUCUAUCGGCUGUGAGCGGCAACUUCAGCAGCCCACAUUUCCCCAACAUCUACCCGAACAACAUCAACUGCCACUGGAGCAUCACCCUGGAAGCCGGGUACCGCAUCAAGCUCUUCUUUCCUGUCAUGGACCUGGAGGGCCGCAACAGUCUGUCAGACGAGUGCGACUACGACUCGGUGUCGGUGUAUGACGGGGACAGCCAGGCGGACACGCUGAUGGGGCGCUGGUGCGGCCGGGAGCAGCCUUCCUCCCUCGUUUCCAAGGGGAACAAGCUGCUGGUUGUCCUCAGCACAGACAGAAACGAAGCUCACAGAGGGUUCACCGCUUCUUAUCUAGGAGUGGUGCCGGUGAACGUCAGCUGCACCAGAUCAGAGUUUACCAUCCUGAUCCCUCAACGGUCGCUACCUCAGCUGGACCGAGAGAGCAUCUACCUUGGAAACCCGACAUGCACAGCUCAGCUGACAACCACCUCAUAUAAAAUACUGGCCCAGUUUGUCAACUGUGGUACAGCCAGCCAGAAACACCGCAACAUCACCAUGCUGGUGAACAAGCUCUACAUUGAUUUCUCUGAUGGGAAGCAGCAGAACGUGCAGGAAUACAAGGUGCAGUGCGACGCCUUAAGGAAGGUCGCGUCUGUGUCAAUCAUUUCUGCGGAGGAGCGACGGCUGGAGGAGCAGGCCCAGCAGGCGGAAAGCGACAACAGCGGGUACGUGGCAGAACCAGAGGCAGAACCUCAUGACUUGAGUGAUAUUGUCUUCAUCAGCAUCUGUGUUCUGGCUGUCAUCCUCAUGGUGAUAGCGAUUGUUUGGUUGGUGCUUCUUUAGUGAGUUACACGGAGAUCACCAACAAGUUCUUAAGUCUCGAUUAAUUUUUAUACAAAAAAAAAUAAAAAAUUGAAAAGAAAACAUCAUUUUAUGACGCUGACACUGCUCUCUACAUAUACAUAUGCUUUGCACAGAAAUGUGCACCAGUAAACUUUUCUGAAUGUGUCAUAAUAAACCAAGUUCUACUAACAAAAAUUUUAACUUCUAACUCAGUGCAGAUUCAUUUACAAACAUUUUGUACUUUUGAUUGUUUUGUACAUAGAUUUUUCAGGUACAUAAAGGAACUGCCAGCUAUGUAAGGUUCUCUAUCCAACUUGCAUCAAUGAAUGUGAUUCAAGUUGUGCUGGGGAUGCUACUUAAGUGCUUUGGCAACCAAAUAUUUAAUGUGACUUUCUAGAAGCUAACUAGUUAAUUUGUGAAAUGUGGUUGUGUAUCUUUUUUUUUUAGCAGUGUGAUAACUCUUAAGACAAUUUUUCUAGCUACUUUCUGACUUAGACAUUGAAAAACCUAAGAUGGCUUUGUAGGAGUACUUUGGGGGAUGAAAAUAUGAUUU